AUGAAGCUCUCCUUGGCCGCUCUCACGUUUUACGCUGCCUUGAUUGUCGCUGCACCUACAGGGAACCUCCUGCGUGACGUUUCCAACGAAGAACACGACCUAAUGAAAAGUGCCAAGCGUGGUACUGCUCUGUUUGGAAGCUCUGUCCGCGAAGCCGAUAUCGAGAAGCGUGGUACUGCUCUGUUUGGAAGCUCUGACCGCGAAGCCAAUAUCGAGAAGCGUGGUUUACUGCUUGACCCCCCUGAUGAGCGCGAAGCCGAUAUCGAGAAGCGUGGUACUGCUCUGUUUGGAAGCUCUGACCGCGAAGCCAAUAUCGAGAAGCGUGGUUUACUGCUUGACCCCCUGAUGAGCGCGAAGCCGAUAUCUAGAGGCGCGGUGGAGCUGCCUGGUUCGAUGGCAACCACACACUCAGCAUGCCAGACACGUGGGGAGGAAUAG